ACCGGGCUCGCUCUUCCCGGGAGUCCCGCCCUUUCGCCUCGCCGGAUUGGUUCGAUGGCGUCACAUCGCACGGGUCAGCGGCGGGGAGUCCGGUCGCCCAUUGGCGAGGACGGGUCGUCGAUCAAGGUAGCGUCGCAGAUCGGUUACUUUCCGGUCUCCCGACUGUUUUAAAAGGCAAAUGAGGAAGUGGGGGAUAAAAAGUGCAAUGGAAGAGUGUGAGUUGUGUGCGAAACAUUGGACCUGACGAGGUCACAUCGCUGCUCGCCUGUAACUGUGUUGCUCCUAUGCUGAAGAUGAUAGGAACACAAUUAAUUAAAAACCUCCUUUGCUGAAGACAUAAAAUGAUGAGCCCAAGUUACUAAGCAGCAGACGGUGAACAUUUGUUUGCGCCACCUGACGGAUUCACCUCCCUCCUGUGCGAGCAGAGGGUUGUUGACCCAGUUUAAGGGUCCGUCCGCAAAACCGUUUCCGGCGGUGCCGUGCCAUGAACAGAAAUGUUUCCGGGUCUUUACCCGUGUCAACCGUUGGAGGGAGAAGCGCCCCCGGAGCUGCCGGCGUAACCGUUGAUGGCGCGAACUGCGGCUGGGGUGGAGUUCCCCCUGAGCGGGGAGGAACAACAGCAGCAGCCGCCCGGGCCCACGGUCGGCACUGCCCAGAAUCCAGUGGGUGCGUCAUACAUCCCCACUGAAGAAGAAAGGAGAGUCUUCAGGGAAUGUAAUCAGGAGAGUUUCUACUAUAGGUCACUACCUUUUUCUGGGAUGAGCAUGCUGGUAACUCAAGUCCUCAUUUCUAGAGGAAUCCUUUCUACUUCAACUCGAUUUGGAUCCAUACCAAAAGUUGCAUUUGCUGGUGUUUGUGGUUACCUAGUAGGAAAGAUUUCCUACAUGAGAACGUGCCAAGAGAAGUUCAUGAGAUUGGAGAAUUCGCCACUCGGAGAUGCUCUGCGGCAAGGGCGUAGAAGAUUUUCACAUCAAUAUUCAAAUCCAAAGUCCGACUUUUCAGAGAGCACUGGAGAACAUCAAACAUUACCUUCUACUUCAACCUUUCAACUUGACAUAAAUAGCCCUUACUCUGAUUACAGUUACAGUUCCCCAGAGCCCAGCUAUGAGUCUGUUCCAUUCAGUUCUACACUAAGUGAGUCAGCUCCCACAGGGAUUGUCGAAACACCAGCAUCUGAUCCAGAGAGUGAAGAACUGAAACCUCAAAGGAAGCCAAUGACAUAUGAUGAAUUGAGAAACAAAAAUAGGGAGCAAUAUGAAGUUACCAUUACACAAAAGGCAGAGUCUCUGCACAAACCAACUCCACAGAGAAUACCUAGCAACAAAGCAAAAACCAAUAAAUAUGGAGAUGCCUGGGAAGAAUAAGAAACAAAGCAACAACAAGAAUCUUGUAAAUAAACCCAGAUGGGCUUUAAAGUAUUUGUUAUCACCCCACUCUUCAGCAUUAUUUAAUCUGAAAAGCUGGACUCUGCUUUUGGAAAAAAAAAAUUGACCCCAGACAGAUGAGAUGACAAAAAUUGCUAUCUAUGUUGCAAUGGAAUCUAUUUCUUCUGUUGACGGUAGUAAAUCUAAGCUGGUAAUGUCAGUCAAAGACUUGUCUGUCCUGUUUCUCAUUAUAACAAUUAUGAUGACUUUUAGAAAUGCCACACAAGUGUUCUUGUUAAUACAUGCAAUAAUUUCUCAAUGUAACUGUUUUCCACAGGGAAAAUACUCAAAAUAAAAUCUUCCUUUAGCUUAAAGGUGUGAUGAACAGGCUUAAUAUGAAUGAUUAUUUACUGUUCAUUCUGAACCAUGUUACUGCUGUUAAUCAAAUUGAACCAAAGUAGUGGACUAUAUUGAAGUGUAAUUUCCAUGUAUAUUAUUUUCAUUGCAAUUAUUUUCAUACUGAUCUAAGUAUAAAUUUGAACUUAUGAACAAUUAAAUGUGCAGUGCUUUGUUUCUAGGAAAUAUUUAUUGAACGUAGUUGUGUAGUUUCCGUCAGUCUAUGCAAAUCUUUACUUCAAUUAAUCAUAAUUAGCUGGAAGAGUUGUGUGGGCAGAGGGAAUGAAGGUAGAGAUCUUCAGGGAGAAGAAAAUAAGAAACUUACAAUGGUAUUUAAGAGGAGGCUUCAAAAGUGAAUGUAAGUACAUUAGCAGUUUCUUGAGAAUGCAAAUGAGAAAGAAAAAAAAGUGGGCCUCUGACUUAAGCAGACCUCAGUUCUGAUGAAAGAUUAUCAGCCUGAAAUGUUAAUCCUAUUUCUAUCUCUGUAGAUGCUGCCUGGCCUGCUGACUAAUUCCAGCAUUUUCUGUUUUUUCUCCAGUGACCAGCUUUCCAAUGAAACUACAAUUUGAAUUGUUAAAUAAGGAAAAUCCCCAAAUAGGGAAAACUAUCUCAAAGCAAAAUUUAAUGUAUCUGUUAUGAUUUUUCUGGGAGUCACUGGUGAGGCUACUAUUUAUUGCUCUUUGCUAAUUGCCUUUGAGAAGCUGGUGGUGAGCUGCACUUUGAAUCGCAGCAGUGAUGGCAAUCCCACAGUGUUGUCAGAUAGUGACUUCCACUAUUUAGACCCAGUAACUAUGAAUGGUCAUUGAUAUAUUUCCAAAUCAAGAUGGUGUGCAACUUGGAGGGGAACCCACAGAUGGCAAUGUUUUCAUUGCCCAGCUCCUUGAAAGUACAGAUUAUGUGUGUGCAAAGUGCUGUCAGAGUACCUGGGUGAGUAGUGGCAGUGCAUUUUGUACAUAAUAAUGUGUAGCCACUGUGCCAGUAGUAUGUGGAAUGGAUGUUUGGGUGUUUGAUCAGCUGCCUAUCAAGCAAGCUGCUUUGUCCGGGAUGGCAAUAAUAUUUUGAGAGCUGUUGGCGCUGCACUCACCAACUGGAGAGAGUUCUAUCACACUCUUGACUUGUACUUCAUGGAUGAUGGAAAGGACUUGCAGCAGAAUACAUUGCCAAAAACCUGUUCUUGAGUUUCUAGUCAACAGUGACUCACAGGAUGUUGAUGUUAGUAGUGGGGGUCUUGGUAAUGGCUUUGAAUAUCAGGGCUAGGUGGUUAGAUUUUCCUAUUGCCUGGCACUUUGGCAUGAAUGUUGCUUACCACUUAUCAGCUCAUGCUUGAAUUUUGUGUGGGUCUUGCUGCAUGCAAGCUUGGGCUGCUUUGUUUGCUGAGGAGAUGCAAAUGGAAUUAAACAUUGCACAAUUACCAAUGAACAACACCACUUCUGACCUUCUAGAAGGAAGGUUCAUUGAUGAAGCAGCUGAAGAUACUUGGGACUAGCUCAUGUGUCCUAAGGAGCUCUCGUGAUGUCUUAGAGCUGGGAUGAUGGACUCUAGCUGCAGUCUGAAGUCAACAUGGUUGUGCUGUCUGUCUCAAUGUACACUUUAAUCCUUUAAAGUGUAGUGUAUAUUUUGUGUGGAUUGUUAAAUAGAAAAAUUGUAUCAACUAGUUAUUAAUAUAUAUCAAGUAAAGCUUUAAAACAAAAUCAAGUAAUUGAGUUUGAUCUCAACUCUUCUGUGUCA